AUGAAGGUUUCGACAAAUCUGCUUUUCGCCCAGGCCAUCUGGGGUACAGCUUCCCUGGCCCAACAGAUCCCUCCAGCGGUCCCUUUCUCAACAGACUUCAACUCUUCCUUCGCCUUGACUCCUGCCCAGAUCAAGGCUGCCGGGCUGUCUGAGACGGUAGCGUCCAGCAUCAAUGCCAUCAUCAACUUUGAUCGAUCCAAUCUCGCAAACGGCGGACCCAGACAAGAUGACUUUUACACUCUUCCCCCAAAGAAAGCCGAUCUGCGACCUGGCCAAGUUCUCAAAGUUCAGGAAGUGACGGACCCUGCACCUUUCAACAUCGCCUCCGGGUCCUCUCUCAGCAGGAUCCUAUACACCACCCAGGACAUCAACGGCACUGUCAUUCCUGCUAGUGCUUACAUCCUGUGGCCCUUUACCCCGCGUCAAUUUGCUGGUGAGCCCGAAGACAAGGCCCCUGCUGUGCUCUGGGCCCACGGUACAUCCGGAUACUUUGCCGACGCAGGGCCAUCUUCAUUCCGUACUCUACAAUACGACGACAAGAUGCCCAACCAUCUCGUGCAGGCUGGCUACGCUGUUGUUGCACCAGACUAUGCUGGACUCGGACUGGAAAAGUCUUGGGACGGAAGUACAAUUCCUCAUCAGUACUUUGCUAUGCCCGCGGCUGGUCAAGACACCCUGUAUGCCAUGGAAGCCGCAUUAGAGGCAUUUGGCGAGCGGCUCAGUGGGAAAUUUGCUGUCGCUGGACACAGCCAAGGCGGCGGUGUAGCUUGGAGUGCAGCCGAGCUGCUUGCCUCUGGCAAGAAAAACGCGUUCAAGAAUCUCAUCAAAGGCUAUGUUGGAACCAUUUCUUUUGCCCCCAUCACCGAAAUGCUGCCAAGCCCAGCAUUUGCUAGCAUUGUCUCGAUGCAUGUGUCGAGCAUUUUCCCCGGCUUUACUCUCGACCAAUGGCUUCAGCCACUGGCCAUUGCCAGGACCAAGUUGUUGGCUCAAAUCCAAGGAGGAGCCUCUGUGUUUCAACAACUCUUCCUCACCGAGCCGGGAGAUGCGCUUGCCAAGCCAGGUUGGUAUAACUCAUCGUACCAUGCUCAAGCAUUUGAGAAGAUUGGAAAUGUUGGAAAAAAGCCAUUCACAGGGCCCAUGUUGGUGGUGCAGGGUCCCGAGGACGCUUUCAUAGCAGAGGCAGUCACGGAUAAGAUUGUAACAGAAACGUGCAGGCUAUACCCAGACAAUGCUCUUGAGUAUAUGGUUGUGGAUGAACUUGGUCAUACUCCGAUUAUCACCGCGGCGAGGUUGACGUGGAUGACCUGGCUUGAAGAGAGGUUCACAGGAAAGAAGCUGGAUGGAUGCAAGAGGACUCCAGUCACAGGAUGGCUUGGCAAAGGAAAGCAUUUCACGGGCAGCAACUCUUACUCUCAGUGGGCUGGAGCACCGGAGUAUAGGUACCAGAAUGCUGGUUCUAUAUGA